UGCGCAGUACAAAAGGAACAAGACGUCGCGAAAGGAUUGUUUGUCUGCUGCCUCUUCCUGGAGUGUACAUCCGUGUCUCGAAGAUUUGUCCCAGAAAUGGUCAAUUUCCUCCUGGGGGUCCUUCACAUGGCGAUACCGAACAAGGAAGCCCAAGGUUACUCUCUGCUGCCUCCUUUUGUGUCACUAGGAAAACAUUCCAACUUGCUUGUGUGUGAAAAAUCAAGGAAAAAAAUGUGGCAAGGACCAAAUAUCUCACUCCCCAUGUUACGUACAUGCAAAGGAGUAGAAAUGAAUAAUAUGAGGUUGUCCUGUGUGGCUGUGGCUUUGGAUCUGGUGAAACGAUGUGCCGUUCUCUACGGGGAGCUUCCGUCCUUCCGUGAAAUUGUGGGGCCCCUCCGGCUGUUGCUCUCCUCUCUCACGCUCCAGGCAGCCAAGUAUCCUGCCCAGCUUCAAGAGUUGCACGGCAGCGUUCUGGACAAGCUCGAUGCCCCCAAGUCCUACAGCCCCUUGGUCUGUGACAACAGGAAACCCGUCCCCUUGAAGCUGUACACUCCAAAAAUAGUGAAAGUACUGGAAUUUGGAAGGAAGCAAGGGAGCAGUCAGCAAGAGCAGGAUCGGCAGCGCCUCGUUCACAAGCACCGGCGUGAACUCAAAGGGGCCGUGCGCGAGAUCCGCCGGGACAACCAGUUCCUUGCAAAGAUGCAGCUGACGGAAGUCGUGGAAAGGGAUUCGGAAAGAAAAAGGAAAGUGAAGCAACUCUUCCAAAGCCUUGCUCAGCAGGAAGGAGACUGGAAGGCACUUAAGAGAAAAAAGCAUUAAAACAUUCCCAGAUACCUCAGAAGGCAAGCAAGGAGGUUUAAACGAUUAGAAUUUCCUGGAGCAUUUUGAGAUCAUUUUAAAUAGGGGUACACUUUCUUCUGGAUUAAAAAAAAAUACAUAUUG